AUGAAGGCGUUUGCAUUCCUGAAUGGCUCUAAGAAGACUCAGCAGCAGGGACUGCACCAUGACCAACAGACACUUCCACAGCUCCUAGUUUCGAAAAGCAGCUACGAGCACGACGAGCCACCCUUUAGUGCUCCAGCCUCAUCGUCACUCCCCUCUAGUACGCGCAGUAAUGGCUCUUCCAGUCUCAAAGCGCGCCCUGCACUCUCGCUCCGACUCCCGCGUCGCAGCAACGAACGCAUCUUUUCAGGGAACCAUACUCUCCCUGCACCGGACCCCAAAUCACGCUCUCCCAUCUACACGCGCUUCGGAUUCAGCAAGUCGUCGUCCCAGCUGCCAGGCCCGCCGAUCUUGACCGUCCAAACGGCCGGUGGUAGCAACCCUACUACGCCAACGAAUAUCAAUCCACCAGUUCCAGCAGUACCCAGCCACUUUGUCGCCCAGACUUCUCCUCGCUCCGUCAAGCCACAAGACCUUCCAGACGAAGAAUCUCCAGCAUCGUUCGGAAUCUUGCGGGCGGAGCGGGCGUACAAGAAAAGGGCAACUGUACAUCCCAAUAAUACCUCGUCUACUGUGCAAACCAUCGGUGCUUCUCCGGCAUCGCUUGGACCAACAGAUGAGCCAGCGACCAGCGUCCUUUUACAGCGUCGUCGAGCGAAAUCAAUGGGAUCCUCCGCGAAUCGUUCAGAUAUCUCAGCACUCAAAAUUCCUCCUCCCUUGCAGCUUCCUCCGCCAAUGCCUCUUCCGGUGCGGUUGGACUCUGCAAGCUCGAUACACACGCAGGACAAUCGCCCUCUCACCUCCUCACUACUCGCCCCAAUGAGCUUAACAUCUGGCUCUCCACUCUCCGCGACUUUGUCUCUGGGCCCUGGAUCUACGGAGGCGUCGGCGACGGCGACCAUAGCUCAGAGCGAGAGUAAUUCAUCACGGGCACGCAGUGAAAGCAACUCGUCGCGGGCACGGAGCGAGAGCAACUCGAGCGCGACCUCUUUUUAUCGCUUUGGUAACUACUCAAGUAACCUCCAAGCUUGUGACGAGUCAUCUGCGACUGUAUUUUCGUCUCGACCCAGCUCUAUCAAAGUGCGCCCGAGGAAUGGCUCGGGACUUUCCUCGAGUAGUGGCCAUGGCGUAGCUCUGCGGCUGGAUGAUGUCUGUGACAGCUUCCUGAAGGAAGUCAAGGAAGACUUGAAGCAAGAUAUCGGGCCGUUGUUCAUGAACGAGAAGAGAAAGAAGCCCCGUAGCUCCGAGCCUGCGGUUAAAGGACUGCCUCUCGUACCAGCAUCUGCCCCUGCCACAAUCGUUUCAUUCUGUCACGAUCCUCCCUUGACAGCAGGGACAUCGCCCCCAACACCAGAGUUUCGCAUUCUAUCCAAGGCCUGGAGCGUCGCCGAGAGUGAAAGUGUGGACAGUCAGAUCUCAUCCACUACGCAAUUGACGCCUACCAAAAAAAGACUGUACGGAGCUGACGGCGUUCCGAGGAUGCGCGUCACAGCACCCAAGGAGGAUGGAGUGUCUCGACAAUGUGCCAGCAAUUCAGGUACUGCUAUUUCGAAGACGAAGUCAAUGGACUCUAUCUCGUCCUUGCCAUAUCUUCGCUUCUCCAUGAUACAGCACGAGCCGACGCAACUACGCAAUGAAUCAGAUUCAGACCCGACGAAUGGGCCCUGUAUUCAAAUGUCUCCCCGUGUGUCCAGCUUGGAUUUGGCCCUGCCGCCCGCACCCGUUCGCACCAGUUCCGAUGGAGAGGUCCCUCUGACAACCCCUCCUGACGAACGCCCAAUAUCAACAUUUUCCAUUGACUCAGUAAACUCGCAAUUCUCCAAUUUUUCCCUCAGUCUCUUUCCCUCUCCGCCCUCCGUACCGAUAAUCCGUCCUACUACCGACAAGGGCACCUUUACGACUGAUGCCCAAUGCUGGGAAGGCGAAAAACUUGGUUCAACCGAAGGGGAGAACUAUCAAGAGGCCCGGGUUCUCCAGUUCAGGUCAAUCGUUCCGAGUAGGAAGACGAACCUGCACAACAUUAUCCUAUUAAACAGUAUAAAAACACCUCGUGCCCCUUCUCGUGCCAUUGCGCCCGAUCCUACUGUUUCUCGUUGCUCAUCUCCGUACAAGUCGAAGAGUGCCUCUCUCGCCCCAGAGGAUACUCUACUUGCCGCACCGAACUACGAGGCCCUGCUCAAGGGCAUGGAAGAAGUCAAGGACGCCGGCCCUACCUCAGCAUCGAUGCACUACACGCCGAGCGUAGCUGGCCCAAGAGAGGCGAGCUCGAGCAGCAAGCUGCGCUCCCUUUUCAGCAGUAGCGUCGGCUCGAUGUCCUCACACGGCCAAGAAAGCAUCGAGUCGCCUGAGAGUACCAAGUCCAACGGCGAUGGCUCGAGGUUUCAAUGGGGUUACGCACUUUGA